AUGGCUCGCUCGCGCUCUCCGCAGAAGCAAUCGGGCAAGCGCUCUCCGAGGAAGCACUGCUAUGGCAACGUUCGGUGGUACAACGGACGACGCCAGACUGGCCUUAUCGAUGCGGAGGACGGCAAGAAGGUCUUCAUCCCAGUGGGCGGAGCUCUGAACAGGAACUGCGUGCCGGCAACCCCGGGGGGCCUGAUGCACGGCACUCGCGUUGUCUUCCGGAUUGUCUCCUUUCUGGACCCGGACAAGCCGAAAGACAACGUCCAGCAUGGGUGCACUGAUGUCCGGCCCACGGACCCGGACCAAAUAGGUCUGGAGUGCGGUGUCAACACACGAAUAGGAGGAAGAGCCGUCAACGAAGACCGCCUCGUUCACGCUGAUCUCUACGAUCUGGGGUUCCUCGCUGGCGUGUUCGAUGGACACGGCGGACAGCGCUGUGUUGAGUAUGUGACUGCUCGCCUUCCCGUCCUGAUUCGUGAAAGCUACCUCGCAUUGGCUCAGCAGCUCGGAGGCAUCAACGCCUUGACUCCGAAAGAGGAGGAGCAGCUGAUCGGCGUCGCUUGCCGCAAUGCUUUUGUGCAGACGGACUCCGAGUAUCUCCAGAAAGCCCGCGAUCAGCAUCUGAAUGAUGGCUCGACGGGUCUGGUGGCACUCCUUGCCCAUGGCUUCGAGGACGAAGCAGAGGCCCCUGCACGUUCGCUCGUGGAAGGCUGCAAGCCCGGGGGCUGUGCCAAGCUCUUUGUGGCAAACUGUGGCGACUGCCGCGCCGUGUUGUUGCGCGGGAGGAAAGCCAUCCGCCUGACCCAGGAUCACAAGCCCGAACGGCCCGACGAGACGCAGCGCAUCCAGCAGGCCGGUGGCAUCGUGAUCUCCACGCCCUGCGGCACCCACCGCGUGGGGCAAAAGCACGGCCAGUGGUUCCUUUCCACCUCCCGCUCCUUCGGGGACCUCGAGCUCAAGGAGCCGCGGCCGCUCGUCAUCGCAGAGCCGGAGCUAGUGGUCCACACGCUCGAGCCAGAGGACUGGGCUCUUGUUCUGGCUUCCGAUGGCGUUUGGAACGGUCUUUCGGACCAAGACGUCUGGCAGGCCGUGUGGCAGGUGGUUGCAGUCGAGCGCAAGGGCGCCGUUGUCGCGGCUCAGGAGGUUGGUGCCAGAGCUCAUGAAGGCGGCUCCAGCGACAACGCCACGGUCUUCGUGCUUCUAUCGGGGCAUGCAGCCGUGGACGGACGGUACAUUUUGCAGAAUGAGGCCCAGAACCAGCGGCCAGCCUACCGCCGAGAGGAUGGUUCCGCUGAGCGCUUCCUGUGGUUCAGAGGCGGGAACUGGGGCGUCACCGACGCGCUGAAUGCCUCGGCUCUGGCAGCGCCCUUCCUCGCGCGCUGCCCGGACACGGCGCUUCAUCCGCUGGCAUUGCGGCGUCGGAGCCGAUGGUACGUGCGAAGCGGGCGUGGCCAGGAGGACGUAUCCCCUACGCUUGCCGCGUCGGAGGCAGGGGCGGACAGCCUUCCCGUCCCAGCUGCGCCUGCUGCGGGCUACGAAGGCGCUGUUAUUCCGGCACCCGGGCCUUCGCCCUCCAUGCCCGCUUGGGUGGCCUCGGCGGACGUCCAGCAGGAGGAGCGAGCGCACCUGGACCCGGACUGCACUCUUGAGAAGCUGCUGGAUGAGUGGGUUGACCAUCGUCACUUCGAGGAGAUCGAUUCCACCCAGAGCUUUAUCGAGCGAGAGCACGAGAAGUUCAAUCAGGACAAGCUCACUGCCGUGAGCGCGGACUUCCAGACAGCAGGUCGUGGCACUGGCGGACGCAGUUGGCAUGCCACGAAGGCGCAAAGUGUGAUGGUCUCCUUCUUCCUUCGCUUCCCUGGCGAGCAGACGGAUGACUUUGUCAACUCCAACGCCCCCAACGUGACCAAAGUCCUGGCAGUCGCUGCAGUCGACACUCUGCAGUGGGCCACAGAUGGUGCUCAGACAUUUGGUAUCAAAUGGCCCAACGAUGUCGUCGUGGGAGGCUGCAAGAUUGGAGGCAUCCUCGCACGGGCGGUGCCUUUCCGAGGGCGUCUAGACGGAAUCAUCGUGGGCAUCGGCCUCAACGUCAACACCUCGCGAGCUGACUUGGAUGCCAUUGCCCGGCCGGUGUGGCCCGCAACGUCGCUGUGGGCGCUUUGCGGACGCGACUUUGAUGUCGCGGCCAUCCGUCGGCGGCUGGUGGGCACCUUUGCGAUCGAACUGAGGAGAUUCUUCAUCACUGGCUUCGCCGGUCUGCGCGACCGAGUGAACGGCUUGGAUGUCCUCCUCGGCACUGAGGUUUGGUUCCGAGUCCACGAGUCGGAGGGGCCAUUCCAUUGUGUUUUUGAGGGCAUCCAGGAGGAUGGGCUCAUUCUGCUUCGGCUGGACAGCGGAGAAGUGAAGGCCUUUCCCUCGGGGGAGAUUGUCCCCAAGCCGGUUGAUCCGACUGAUGCGAGCCGAGUGGCAAAACUCUGA